AUGGCGUGGACAUGUUCAGGUCGAAGUAACGGGGAGUUAAUAUCUAAGAUGUGGAAUGCGCGAUUGGUUCUUAGUGAGAGGGUUAGGGAUGCUAUGAUUUCCGUAGAUCGCGCUCACUUUACCCCCUCCCAACAUCUAGCCUACCAAGAUUCUCCCCAGUCAAUCGGUUACUCAGCUACCAUUUCCGCACCCCAUAUGCAUGCUUCCGCUCUUGAAAAUCUCCUCCCCUUUCUAGGUGAAGGAAAACGAGUUUUGGAUGUGGGAAGCGGAAGUGGAUAUUUAACUGCUGUUCUGGCAGAACUUGUAUUUCCCUCCUCAACAUCUUCCUCUACAUCUCCAUCUACAUCUUCAUCUUCUGAAACCUCUUCGAGUGAGAAUCCCGGAGAAGUCAAAAAGAAAAGCGGAAAAGUGGUAGGUUUGGAACAUAUCAGGGCAUUAAGAGAUCUAGGAGAAACCAACAUGAUGAAGAGUGAAAAAGGGAAAAAAUGGUUACAGGAGAAGAAAGUGGAAUUUGUCCUUGGAGAUGGGAGGCAGGGAUGGAUAGAUCCGGAUGGGGAGGAAGGAUGGGAUGCUAUACAUGUAGGAGCAGCAGCGAUGGAAAUCCACGAGGCGUUGAUUCAGCAGUUGAGAUGUCCGGGUCGCUAA